CGGGACGUGGGGUGGCAGAGUUGCCAGUGGGCCUGCAGUUCGCUUUUCCUACACUGCAAAAUAUUCGAUAAGUAUUUCGCAAAGUGCCAAAACACCACUCACACACUUCUCGCUUCUGAGAAACAGAAGUACGAACGGACGAACAGAGUGAAAAUUAGUACCGUUAGGCUCUGUUGUCAGUCGAAUGCAAGAAUGAAAGCCUGAGAGGCAAAAACACAGCCACGACACGGACGAGCAUCGCGCGGGGACACGAAGGCUAGCGACAGCGCCAGACCAGACAGAGACGGCGCACUCACAGGAUCUGCAGCAACCUCAACCACUCCAACACUGAAUUUUCCUUAAACAACGAAUUUUUACCAAAAAUGAUGCUCUCGAAUUGCACACAGAUACGUCUAGUCACACACACUAAAGGCGGAUAAAAAAGUUACGAAAGCAAACAGAAUCACUGCCUCCCCACCCCGGCCUGACUGGAGCUGAAUGUUCGGAGCAAAUGAAGGUGUCAAAAUGACAAGCAGAGACAGCAAAAAAAAAAAAACCAUUGCCCCUCCACACACACACGUACACACAGAAACACACACACAUACACACAGAGAAACACUCAAGUGGAGUUGGGUCUGGCUGGACGUGCGAUGGAUGGAUGACUGCCUUCCUGGUCCUGCCAGCCUUCUGUCUAUCCGCCUGCCUGCCGCCCACUAGAUGGCAGAUCCCUGUGUAAAUGGCAAAGCGACAGCAACAUUUGCUAACUUUGCUGCAACGACAACACGGAAGCGACAAGAGCAACAACAGCAACGGAUACUACAUAAAUGUAUCUGUAUCCAUCUAUUCGAUGGCCGUGCAUUGUAUUGCAGUUACGUGCUCGAUGGUCCAGCAAAAUGGAGACUCGCAAAAAAAAUCUCUAAAACAAAAUCGGCAAAAGACUGUAAAAAAUACAAACCAAACCAUUUUCCCAAUGAAAAAACUUGAAUACACUCUCUGAAUCAAUAUGAAUCGGGGACAAAUAGAAUGUAUAGAAUAUGUACACGAAUUAAUUGGCUUCCAGUGGAGCAGUGAAAAUAAAAAUAGAAUUUGGUGUACAUUUUCCACAAUGAUAUUUCAUAUCUGUCCAUGCGACUCAACCCCUAGUUGGUAGUGUAUCUACAGAACGCGCAAUGGAGACAAGCGAAUGGCUUAAAGACUUUGCCAGUGCCAACUGCUUACCAACUUGCCAGAUCGCAGCGAGGAUUUAACUUGUAGCGAAACUUUAAAUGAGUUCAAGUGGAUUAGGUUUUGCACAACAAUUCCAGGCCCACCCACAGUCA